GGGACAUAUGUGAGCUCCACGCCGUGGCAUUUUUGGUACCUCGAGAAUGCUGCAGCAGCCUAGCUGCGCUCAGCAGAGUGCAACACGUGGGACGUUGGUCACGUGUAAGCCCCAGCCUUUCAUUUCGCAUCGUGAUUGCUCACGAUCCAGCCCCCCGGCGGAGCCAGAAGAAUUCAGCACGUCCGCUGCUGAAGCCCCACGGCUUUCAAAACAGACUCCCCCUGCCAACCGCUUUGUUGCACCAGACAGGACGCGGGCAUAGGAGAACGAUGGGCUGCAUGCAGCUGAACGCCUCCAGCUUCAUGGCGCAAUAUGGCCUUCGCUCCGCCAUCACCACCCAGCGCCCCUCCAGGCAGCCGCGAGCUGGCCUGCAGUGCCGGGCGACCCUGGCCUCACCCCCUGCAGCCCCCAAGCUGUUCCAGUAUGACGGUCCAUUGGAUGAGGUGGACCCUGAGAUUGCCUCUAUCAUCAGGAGCGAGAAGCAGCGGCAGGUGACGGGCCUGGAGCUGAUUGCCAGCGAGAACUUCACUUCUCGUGCCGUUAUGACUGCCGUCGGUUCGUGCAUGACCAACAAGUACAGCGAAGGCCUGCCAGGCGCCCGCUACUAUGGCGGCAACGAGUUCAUUGACCAAGCAGAGCGCCUGUGCCAGAAGCGUGCACUGGAGGCGUUUGGGCUGGACCAUGCCGAGUGGGGCGUCAAUGUGCAGCCACUGUCGGGGUCUCCCGCCAAUUUUGAGGUGUACACCGCGCUGCUCAACCCGCACGACCGCAUCAUGGGCCUUGACCUACCCCAUGGCGGCCACCUGACACACGGCUUCAUGACAGCAAAGCGCCGCGUCUCUGCCACCUCAGUUUACUUCGAGUCCAUGCCAUACCGCCUGGACGAGUCCACGGGACUGGUGGACUAUGAUACGCUGGCGAAGACGGCCACCCUGUUCCGCCCUCGCCUCAUCAUUGCAGGCGCUUCAGCUUACUCACGCGACUUUGACUAUGCCCGCAUGCGUGGCAUCGCCGACAGUGUGGACGCCUACCUCAUGGCCGACAUGGCGCACAUCAGUGGCCUGGUGGCAGCGGGCGUGGUGCAGUCGCCAUUCCCCCACUCUCACAUUGUCACCACCACCACGCACAAGAGCCUGCGCGGCCCCCGCGGAGGCCUCAUUUUCUUCCGCAAGGAGUUUGAGGCCGACAUCAACCAGGCCGUUUUCCCGGGUCUCCAGGGCGGCCCCCACAACCACACCAUCAGCGGGCUGGCGGUCGCGCUCAAGAUGGCCAACACGCAGGAGUUCAAGGAGUACCAGCGCCAGGUGGUGGCCAACGCGCGCGCGCUGUCGGCUAGGCUGACAGAGCUGGGUUACACGAUUGUGAGCGGCGGCACCGACAACCACUUGAUCCUGGGCGCAGGACUGCAAGUCCAAGACGCCGGCACCAGGAAAGCUCAAGGAAUUCCAGCAGUACCUGAACAGCGAGGGUGGGGCACGCCAGGACGUGCAGCAGCUGCAGGCAGAGGUGCAUGCCUUCUCCAGCAGCUUCGCCAUGCCGGGCGGCGACUGGUGAGCUACGCGCCAACAACUUCCCCGCUCUUGUUGCCCUCAGUAUCUCUUCCGACUUCUUUAGGCCCACUGAAUUAAUAUGGGAUGGUAACAUAUGGGCUGGC